AGUGAGUAGAUAGCUUAGUGAACAAUGAAUGAACAAUGGUACAAGUGACUCCUGGUUAGUGAACAAGACAGACUAUAUUGUAUUUAGACAUGGAGAAAAUAACAAAAUUGUUAACGGUACUGAAAAGUCCUGAACUUGUGGCUGAUUUUCAAAAACAAUGUGGAGUGGAUUUUUCUGAUCCUGAAUCUGAAAACAAGAAAACAGAAAAGGGUUUAAAAAAUGAUGAGUUAAACACUGUUCGUUUGAGGAAUGGAUUUUCAAAAUGUGCUGAAAAUACUGAUGUUGCUGAUAUUCUGAAGUCGAAUGGGCAUGUUAAAAAUGGAUACUCUGUCAAUGGAAUCGGUCAUAUUUCAGAUAAAAAUGGCUUGAUCAAUCACCAAAAGUGUGAAACAGGAAAACAGAAAACAGAGGAGGAGGAGGAUUUAGGAAAAUCUUCCUACAAAGUUCAAAACAAACUACUUUUUAUUCUCUUCCAUUUCGGUGCCAGUCUUGGAAAUGAGAUUUUCUAUCUCAUCUUUUUUCCAUUUGUUCAUUGGAAUUUAGAUGGAACUUUGAUGCGACAGAUGGCUUUUGUGUGGCAUGUUGCAAUGUGGGCAGGCCAAGCUUUGAAGGACAUUAUCUGCUGGCCUCGACCAGCGUCUCCACCUGUAAUUAAAUUAGAGAGUAGAUAUAGCUUAGAAUAUGGAAUGCCAUCAACACAUGCGACUGUGGGUACAGUAAUUCCCUUCAGCUUGCUUAUUUUACUCCGUACAUAUUAUGAGGUACCCCUAGGACUGGGUAUUUUGUGUGCCACAGUGUGGAUGCUUCUAGUCUGCUGCAGUAGAAUUUACUUAGGAAUGCACACAGUUCUGGAUGUGGUAGCAGGUGUUGCAUUUGGCUGCCUAAUAAUUCCCACAGUUUUACCUUGGGUUCAUACCCUGGACCUUCUGCAAGUGACACACCCACUUGCCCCAGUUGUGUUUAUAGGGGGUUACUUUUUGUUCUGUUGGUUAUAUCCCAAGCAGAAGAUCUGGAAUACUGCUAGAGCUGACACCGCCAAUGUUCAUGGCAUCUGUGGCGGUGUAGCAUCCGGAUACUGGUUAUUAUAUCAAUUCGGAUGGCUCACGAAAUCCGAACAGGGCCCGCCGUUUCCUUUACCAUCUCCGACAUGGGACUGGGUCUAUCUCAGUUUUCUUAGAACGCUUCUGGGUGUCUCGGUGUUAGCCGUCAUUAGGGGUAUUUUUAAACCACUGUCAAUUCAUUUUCUGUGCAAAAUGUACAAAAUAGACAAGAAAGAUAUACAGGCACAGAGACGAGAAGGCUCCGAGGUGCCACAAAAGUUCAUCACGUAUUACAUGGUAUCGAUAGGUGCCAGUUUUAUAGUUCCCCUGCUCUGUUCUUACUUAGGCAUAAUGAGAGAGAGUUUUUACCAUGAACUCUAUUGAUAAUUAGGAAAACAAGAUUUUUGUGUGUUGAUCGAUUUAUUUUGCUCUGUUGAUUUUAUUUAUUAAUUACUAUAGCUUAUUUAGAUAGUUUCUUUCAAGUUUUACAUACAUCCUUGUGAAAACAGAUCUAUGAAAGAUCUCCCAAGUUGUCAGUUUUAAUCUUUAUGAUCUAUACUAGAUACUUUUAUAGUAUUUAAAAGUCUUUGUUAUACAGUGGGACGUUACAGUGUACUUUCUAUUUUUGCAGUGGUUUUAAAACUGUUACAAUGAAUUAUUCUGUACACAUAUGGGGCAUAUUGUACGAUACAUGUAUGACCUGUGUCUUGUUACAGUAGCAAAUUAACAAUUUGAUCCAUAAUAGGAAUGAUAAGAAUAGUUAAUUAAAUAAACAGGCCAGUAUUACUGUGAAUAUGUACAGGAUGUGAGAAAAUGUGUCUUAUAUAACCUGAAAGGAAAUGUUAUAUAAAUGAUUUUGAAAUAUAUUUUAUGCAGGACAUCACAUAUGUGUAGUGCAUUUGCACAUAUUUAUUGAUAGGGUAAUGGUUUAAAUCUUAAUUCAUUUCUUUUCAAUCAUGUUUUUAUACUCACAGGAAUUUUACUUUUUUAGAAAAUUAAAUUUUGAUAAUUGCUCAUGCAGGAAUACAUUUUUUAUUGUAAAAUGAGAGAUUUUGAAUGCAUUCAGGGAUAGGUAAAGUACUUUUGACACUAGGUGUACAUUUAGAGAAUUAGAGACAGAAAAUAAUUUAUAAGGAAGUAUUUUUAGAAAAAAUGUGAAUCUUCACAUUAAGUUAAUUGAAUAAUUUGACAUUUUAUGGUUUGUCAGGUAAUUAAAUUAACGCAUUUCCUAAACAUGCUGUUACAAGUCUUGGGGGAAAAUGUUAGAAAUUUUGUACAUUUGUAGUAUUUAAAAUACGGAUGUACAACAUAAUUGGUGUUGAUGAUGCAAAUGAAAAUCUUUAUUGUGAUCUGAUGACUGUAUGGACUUUGUACUAUGACACCAUUAAGUGUUAUUCAGAUAUUUUGUUUACUUACAUGUAUACUUGAAAGUGCAAAUUCAUUCAUGACAGGGUCACGAGGAUAAGAACCACUGCAGUCGACCUAGUUACUUCUUUUAUUUUUAAACUGUGUUAUCGGGAGUUAGGCCUUUAGAAUAUUAUGUCACUUUCAUAAUGGUGAUUGCAAACUGAUCAAGAAAGAAAUACUUGUAUCACUAAGUGAAGAAAGUACCAAGUACACUGUUUGAACAUGUAGACACUGUUUCCUAGGGAACUCAAGUUAUUUGUUCAAUGGAAGUGCAAUAUAAUAUGUGUACAGACAUGUAUGAAUAAGCCUUUGCUCUUGAAAGUGUUUGAGUUAUCUAAUACAACAUAAUGAAUUCUUAUAAAUUAUACAUUCUCCAAUUCUUAUGAAAUGAGCAUAGUUAUUGUUAGAAAGCUAAUAGUUAUUGUUAGAAAGCUAAUAUUAUUUAUGUUUUCUCCAAUCAUGUUACAGAAGUGAUUUUUUUUAAGCAUGUAUGUAACUUGAUGACUUGUGUUCUAAUUUAUUCAUUAUCAUAACUCUCAGAUGAAUCUUUAUGACAGAGACUGGCAUGAUUUUAAGCUAAAUGGUGUGUCUCAUUUUUGCUUUAACGUACUGUAUCCUGUACGAUUAGUUUGAACAUAAUUACGACAAAAUGGUUGAAAAAAGAGGAAGG